AUUUUACUUCUCAUUGAUCAUAUUGUCCAUCAUGGCAUCUGUACGCUCACUCCGCUUGAUUACUGCGGCUGCCCUUCUUAUCGUGUCGGCCGCAGACCCUGAUAGUAUCUGCUAUUCAUACGGUGUUGACUACGUUGACGAGGGAAGCUACUUUAUCAAUCGCAACUCAAGCGAGUCUUUCACCUGCGUUUCGACCUUCCAGGGCUGUAACAAGGGCCCUGAUCCUGCAGAGGUCUUAUUCGUCGACCCUAAUAAUGAGGAAUACCUUUGCUCAGCAGUUAAGACCACACCGGAUGACACGCCAAUGUUGUCAACAUGUCCUUUCACGAAGAACGAGAUGAUCUCUGGCCACAACAUAAUCUUGGUGAUUGGAAAUAAUGACGAUGGAGAGCCAUUUGCCUGGCAAAGAGAUAUCUAUCUCACCGUUGGAACGCAAGUCACAACCACGUACACGCCCACAGUGACAUAUAUUAUUACAUCUACGCCAGUGGUCACCUUGACAACAACGUCUACAUUAGGUGUUACUUCAACCGUCAAGAAUACUCACAUUGUUACGCUUCCAUCUGCGACGGCGAAGAAGACACAGUCUAUCACACCUCCAGCAGUUUUCAUGACUAGAACGAAGACAAUAACUCGUACGCGACGGGCAUGGACCAAGCAGCUGAGCAUCAAGACAGAAACAAGUACUGCAACUUGCAUCACUCCUGCGCCAUGGUCGCACAAGCAGGAUAAGCCUUGCUGGUAUUCGCCCACGCUUGUACACCCUGCCGCAUUGGAGACUCCUACAGCAUCUCCGAACCAACACAGAAACAUACACAAGUCCGACCGAGCCGCGUCCAUCGCAUACGCUCGUGCUCGCAUUGAGGCAGCCAAGGCUCGACGUGACCAAAAAGCCAAAGCAGCCCAGUUCGACAAACGAAGCCCCAAUGUCACAACAACAACUGUCAACGCCACGUUGCCUGUGAAUGCCACGAUCACCAUUACUGGCAGUCCAAUCACCAACACUGAGUCUACGGCUAUUUCAACCACUGCCACGAUCACACUGCCACCGCUGACGGUAUAUUCUGGAAGAUACACGCCCGUCACAACGCUGCCAACGCCGACAAAGACGCGUCUCUCCUUCGUCUAUACGACGACAACGACCACCAAGACGAUUCGUGCUACUUUCACUAAGACAGUGGUGGUAACGCCAGCAGCAUCAUUAAAAGCUUGUAGAAAACAAGGUGGACACUACUGGAACGGUCGCGACUGAGUUCGAAGUAGUUGAUUUGCGGUAUCUGCUUGUCCCGUCUAUACCAUUUGAUAGCACAGAUAAUAAUAAUAUG